UGAGCACGUGGGUUGAAGAACAAAUAAAGGAUGUCGUCACGGUGUCACCUCGCGCUAUAACCACCAUUUUAAUUGGCUGAAUGAAAUGUCAAGAUUUACAUUACAAAUUAUUUUUCCGUCUAUUUCCGUGAAUUUUGCUAAUUUAGUAAAAGUUAUUCUGUGUGGAAGAGAUCAACUAUGAUUGUUUUGUUUGUUGAGAUUUGAGUGUAACUUUGUCUACACGGUCACAACGGGUUCAAUGUUUCUGUGUCUGAAAGAUGAGUCGGGUGUAAAACUUCUAGAGGAUGUUAGCCGACAAAAGUCACACAAUUAUUAGAACAAGGUUUAUCACGCAAGAAUGUCUUCAGGAGAUCAACACGGAUGAAGUUUCGUGGAUUUGAAUUUACGGAAAGCAGUAACCAAAUAAUACGUUUUUAAAUUGUCAAAUUAACGUCUUGUUGUUAGGGUAUCAAAUUAACGAUCAGUUAUUGGCCAAUUUACUGCGAUUGACGUUAUGAAGUUCGCCGUUACAUUGGUUACAUUGUCGUCGAUACUGACAUUUUUUGGUGUGGCUAGUAUUGGUUUCGAACUCCCAGAAAUCCCGGCGAAUAUCCUAGAGAUUUUGGGGAAUUUUUCAUGCGGUGCUAAGUGGGAGUGUCCAUCCAAUGCGCCUAAUGGAACGACUAGUUUUUGUUCGUGUGAUGAAUUUUGUGAACUCGUAGGCGUAAGUGACUGUUGCCAAGGUUACCAAAAAACCGACAAAUCAAUUUUCACCGCUUCAAAUUUUAAGACAAGUAACUUCCGUUGCUUAGACAAUCCUCUAGCAGACGCCGAUUACGAUGUCCUGAUGGUGUACACAUGCCCUGAUGAUUGGAAAGGGGAGAUAAUUCGGGACCUGUGUGAACACGGUAAAAUAGAUGGUGCCGAUUUUCAGACAAUUCCCGUGAGCGGUGCGUUCAGUGGAUUGGUCUAUAAAAACCAAUACUGCGCCAGGUGUCACCGCGAAAAAUUCGAAUUUUGGAAACCGCACUUCGGUUGUUUAGAACCGUUCAUUUCUCGCGAAAAUCCAGAUGAAAAACCCGCCAUGUCUGUGCUUGUAAGGAAAGGAAGCUGCGCGAUAGACAAAGUGAUUCCGCCUGAUGGGUACACAAUUAGAAGAUGUUCUGCCAAGAAACACCGCGGUAUUGUUGAUAGCUGUCCGCCAUCUUUCAACCAGCAUGCCGAGAUAAAGACACUGUGCGAGGAAACUGAGGGUAUUCGGCCCGUUUAUUAUAUCGGAGAGACAAAAAUGAAGAAUAUAUAUUGCGGUUAUUGCGGAACACGUGAUAUCUCGCAGUACGAGUGCCCUAAAACAAUAGACAUAAAGCGACUCGGAGAGUUUUAUCCGUUCACAAUUCUUUUUAACAUCAAUGAUUUGGAAAAGGGCGAUAACUCUGGAACUAACGUCGUCUGCGAAAAACACCAGGUAUUUGAUCCUUUCAGUGACGUGUGUCGCGAUGCUUAUUGUGGCGAUAACCAAAUAUUCCAAGACGGGGAGUGUGUUUCCCCGGCAGCAGUCAGUGGACGACAGUCAAACGGGACUGCACGUGAUAAGACCUGCCCACGCAUUGCCCUGGAUAAAUCAGAAUUCAAAAUAUCAGAGACAGGUGUGUUGACUGUUUUAAAUUCAAAUUAUGUUUUUGAUUUUGGUGACUAUGAACUGACCGACAAUGGAACAGGUGCUCUCGUUUGUACUAAUUUUACAAGAAAUGCGACCUCGUCAGAGGUGGAAUAUUCUUUUGAUAAGGUGCAAGGGAUUCUCACCUUGGUCGGCAUCUCUCUAUCCAUCAUCGGCUGUCUGUUAACGAUUGCAGUUUACCUGAGUUUUAAAUCCUUGCGGAACAUCCCAGGUAAAAUCGUCAUAGCGUUGUGUAUAACCCUGAUCAUAGGCUACCUGGCGAUGAUGAUAGGACCCGCCAUGGAGGACUCUUACAGUGGAUGCAAAACUUUCGCCAUUCUAAUGCAUUACUCUUUCCUGUUGGCCUUCUUUUGGAUGAACGUAAUGGCGAUUGACGUUUGGUACACCUUCUCGAAGGCCUACUACCAAGCUGGUACGCAGGCCCACAAGACAAACCGGUUUAAGUUCUACAUGGUGUAUGUAUUCAUAAUGGCUACCACACCCGUCGUUUUGGCAAUCAUCUUAAAUGAAACGGGAAUCGGCGAAGGGUUCGCUCCCCAUUACGGGGAAGGCGUCUGUUGGAUCAACCGGAAGAACGCGCUCAUGGUUUUCUUUGGAUUACCAUCGCUGCUUGUAAUACUUAGCAACAUCGUGCUCUUCGCCGUUGCUGCCAAGACCAUUUACGUCGCCCAGAAGAAUUCUGCACGUCUGCUGGGGAAGGAAGAUAAGGGGAUGCUGGGAAUCUACAUCCGGCUGACAUGCGUCAUGGGCUUGACAUAUUUAUUCGGAUUUUUGGCGCCGGUUAUCAAUCACGCGGUCACGUGGUAUCUGUUUAUAAUUCUUAACACCUUACAAGGCGUUUUUAUUUUCGUAUCGUUCGUCUGCACGCAUAAAGUUGUCGGAUUAGCACGUGAGCGCGCGAGUACCCUGAGUCACAGUCGCUCUGAUAAUUCCUAUUCCGCAAGUCGAUCACCAACCAAAUCUUCUGUCUUGUCUUUUCGGGCAAUAAAAUGAACAACAUUGGUUAAUAAUUAAAUACCUUUUAUUAAGCUUGCCACAGUUUUUAUCUUUUUAAACUUGUCAAUUGGAAAUAUUAAAAAUAAUGCUUAAAUUUCCAUUAAUGUCUAGUCAAAUAUCGCUUGUGAUGUUCGUCCCACCACGCAGUCUCUAUGACCAUUACUUCCGGUCUACGAUAGUGUUUGCGCAGUAAGUGCAGUAUAAUUCAAAGAACCGGCAGAACUUGUAAACUUUCGCCAAUUCGGUAAAUUGUAUAUGUUUAAACACAGUUUUUUAUUCGUUCUUUUUCUCGCAAAAUCAGUGUAUACAUCAUACACAGCUUGUAUUACGUAAUUCUGCGCACAAUUGGCAUUAAACUCCUUUAUUGUAA